AUGAAACGUCUUGCUCUCAUCACCUUGCCAGGCUGCUCUUUCCGUUCUUUUGUGGGGCUUCAUCACCGACAACAAAUUAUUUCUCCCAUGAUUGUUACUUCUCUCAGUAAUCAUAGUAACACUAAUAUUUCAUCAUCAUUUCAUCAAAAUGUUUCAAUGAAUUUUUCAACCAAUUUAUUCGCAAAGGAUGUCUUCACUGCCGCUUUGGAUCCAUAUUAUGACCGUCUGAAGGCUGAAAAUAAGAGCGAAUCCGUUACUAACAACAGAACACCAACACACACCAUUCACUAUGUUAUCAAUACUCUCAACGAGAUGGGUCGAGCAACAUCAUCAGACUUGUUCAAAGAAAUUAAUACAAAGCAUCCCGGAAUUCUUGCUAGCAAGAGACAUUUAAAGAAACUACUCACAAUUUUAAAAAACGGAAACAAGGUGGCUGCAGUUCAACCACUGAGAGGUCAAUUAACAAACAAGAAAGUGUCAUUCGAAUAUAAAUUAACAAAACACAUGAAAAACAAAUUACAGAAACCAGCUAUGGCUCCUGUAGAAACUAGUGUUACAACAGAAACAGCUUCUACUUCAAGCGAUUCUUUAGAGGAUGAGCUUUUUAAUCAGACUAUGGCAGCUGUUCAAAAGGGAAAUCAAUAA